AUGGAAGCUAUGGACUCUCCGCCAGACUCUCCACCAGACUCUCCACCAGAAUCCCCACCUACCCUCCUAAGUCCUCGCCAAGUCGAGCGCCUCCAGCAACGAACCAAAGCCAGGCUCCAGAAAUCGAGACAAGCCAUCUACCAAGCCGACUACUCCUUAGAAGCCUGCCAGUCCUGCUCCGAAAAGGGCCAUGUCUGCGUUCCCUCAUCCUCCAAAGUCGGGGACCCGCUCAGCCCCGCAAACACGGCCGUUCUCCGUACUUAUGUCCCGAAACCUCUCCACCCGUUCCUCCCGGCCGAGCUACAGAACACGGAAGCCCCGGCCCCGAGUUUCCAGUCCCAAGUUCCCGUAUCGGUGUCCCUAAGACUUGGCAAAAGCUGGAAGCUCCUACGAAAUUCAUGGCGGCCGAAAUGGCUGCCGUACUCGAAACACAUCUCGUCGCUUUGGUCGGGAACGGGGAGCCGGAUCGCGCGAGGAAGCGGAAACCAAGGUCCCGACGGCGCCGAACCCACAGCACGGAAAGCGCAGACUCUGGCGAGGUACAACGAAAGCGAAAAUCUACGGUCCAAGAGGCACCGGUGA